AUGAGUUCCCACCAGCAGAAGCAGCCCUGCACCACUCCCCCCCAGCUUCAGCAGCAGCAGGUGAAACAGCCCUGCCAGCCUCCACCCCAGGAACAAUGUGCCCCCCAAACCAAGGAGCCAUGCCACCCCAAGGCUCCAGAGCCCUGCCACCCCAAGGCUCCGGAGCCCUGCCACCCCAAGGCUCCAGAGCCCUGCCACCCCAAGGUCCCUCAGCCUGGCCAAACCAACAUACCAGAACCAAGUCCCUCAACCAUUAUUCCAGGCUCAGGCCAGAAGACCAAGCAGACCUGA